AUGAAGAUUUUUUUCCGCUACCAGACAUUUAGACUCAUCUGGCUCACCAAGCCACCUGGCCGACACUUUCACAAAAAUCACAGGCUUUGGACGCCUCUGACUCUUGCUGACUUUGAAGCCAUAAAUCGCUGUAACAAGCCAUUGCCUAAAAACUUUAACUUUGCUGCAGACGUGCUGGACCAGUGGUCCCAAAAGGAGAAGACAGGGGAGAGACCAGCUAACCCAGCCCUGUGGUGGGUGAAUGGCAAAGGGGAUGAGGUAAAAUGGAGCUUCAGAGAACUGGGCUCCUUGUCCCGAAAAGCUGCCAACGUGCUCACCAAGCCCUGUGGCCUGCAGAGAGGAGACCGUGUGGCUGUGAUUCUGCCCCGAAUCCCUGAGUGGUGGCUGGUCAAUGUAGCUUGCAUACGAACAGGGAUCGUCUUCAUGCCGGGAACAAUCCAGCUGACAGCAAAAGACAUCCUCUACCGGCUGCGAGCAUCCAAGGCCAAGUGCAUUGUGGCCAGUGAGGAGGUGGCCCCAGCGGUGGAGUCCAUUGCAUUGGAGUGUCCUGACCUUAAGACAAAACUCCUGGUGUCUCCACAAAGCCGGAACGGGUGGCUCAGCUUCCAGGAGUUAUUUCAAUUCGCCUCUGAAGAGCACAGCUGUGUGGAAACAGGAAGUCAAGAACCAAUGACCAUUUAUUUCACCAGUGGGACCACAGGCUGUCCUAAAAUGGCCCAGCACUCUCAGAGCAGCCUCGGCAUUGGGUUCACCCUCUGCGGAAGGUAUUGGCUGGACUUGAAGUCUUCAGAUAUCAUAUGGAAUAUUUCUGACACGGGCUGGGUCAAGGCCGCCAUUGGCAGUGUGUUUUCUUCCUGGCUGUGUGGAGCCUGUGUUUUUGUGCAUCGAAUGGCACAGUUUGACACUGACACCUUCCUAGACACGCUCACCACUUAUCCCAUCACGACCCUGUGCAGUCCUCCCACCGUGUACCGGAUGCUCGUGCAAAAAGACCUGAAGAGAUAUAAAUUCAAGAGUCUGUGGCACUGCUUGACCGGAGGGGAGCCACUCAACCCAGAAGUGCUGGAGCAGUGGAGGGCACAAACUGGGUUGGAGCUAUAUGAGGGCUACGGACAGACGGAAGUGGGAAUAAUUUGUGCCAAUCAGAAAGGCCAAGAAAUUAAAGCAGGUUCAAUGGGGAAAGGAAUGCUGCCCUAUGAUGUCCAGAUUAUAGAUGAAAAUGGCAAUGUUCUACCACCUGGCAAAGAAGGGGAAAUUGCCCUCAGACUCAAAUCUACACGGCCCUUCUGUUUCUUCUCUGAAUAUGUGGACAAUCCACAGAAAACUGCUGCCACGAUAAGAGGAGAUUUUUAUGUCACUGGAGACAGAGGAGUGAUGGACAGUGAUGGGUAUUUCUGGUUUGUCGGCAGAGCUGAUGAUGUCAUUAUAUCCUCUGGGUACCGUAUUGGGCCAUUCGAAGUGGAGAGUGCACUCAUUGAGCACCCAGCAGUUGUUGAAUCGGCUGUUGUCAGUAGUCCAGAUCAAAUCCGAGGAGAGGUGGUAAAAGCUUUUGUUGUCUUAGCUGCACCCUUUAAGUCCUACAACCCAGAGAAAUUAACUCUUGAGCUUCAGGAUCAUGUGAAAAAAUCAACUGCACCUUACAAAUAUCCAAGAAAGGUGGAAUUUGUUCAAGAACUCCCAAAGACAAUCACUGGGAAAAUCAAACGCAACGUUUUAAGAGACCAAGAAUGGAGACGAAGAUAG